AUGGGAAAUCCUAAGCCACAGCCUCCUGAUGGAGUCAAGUCCAACCCUUCUAAAAGGCACCGCGAUCGCCUCAAUCAGGAGCUAAGCAGACUGACCAACUUACUGCCCUUCCCCGAGGACGUGCGGGCCCAACUGGACAAGCUCUCCAUCCUCAGGCUCAUCGUGGGCUACCUGAAGGUGAAGGGCUACUUCUCAGCCACCCUAAAGGACAACCCUGCAGGCCAUUCAGCCAACCCAGCCGCUAAGCCAGAGGGAAGUGAACAUGCCUCUCCGCAGGUCCAUGCAGAGCUAGUUUCUGAAGGAGACUUGCUCCUUCAGGCCCUUAAUGGCUUCCUCGUGGCUGUUACAGAAGAUGGCUAUGUUUUUUAUGUCUCUCCCACAGUCCAGGACUACCUGGGAUUUCAUCAGUCAGACAUCAUCCAUCAGAGUGUGUUUGAGCUGAUCCACAAGGAGGAUCGACCCAUGUUCCAGAGCCAGUUGCGCUGGUCACCAGACCCAGAACCCACCAGCAGAGCACCCGAGGAGGACACCAGCCGAAGGGCUGAGCCAGUCAGGGUGCAGUACAGCCCUGACGAAACCCAUCAGCAUCUACUUUGGGAAGACCCCUCCUAUCUGGAGAGAAGCUUUGUCUGCCGGUUCCGCUGCCUGCUGGACAAUUCUUCUGGGUUUCUGGAAUUGGAUUUCCAAGGCCAUCUUAAACUCCUCCCGGGGCAGAACAGCAGGUCAGAGGAUGGCAUCCUCGCGUCCCCUCAGCUGACCCUGUUCGCCAUUGCAACGCCUCACCAGCCUCUCACCAUCCUGGAGCUCCAAAUGAAACCAUUUCUUUUCCAAACAAAACACAAGUUAGAUUUCACGCCUAUAGCCUGUGAUUCCAGAGGCAGAGAGAUCCUGGGCUACACGGAGAGUGAGCUCUGCAGGAACGGAUCCGGGUACCAGUUCGUCCAUGCAGCUGACAUGAUGUACUGUGCUGAGAACCACUUGCGGUAGAUGCAAACGGGUGAGAGUGGGCUCACUGUGUUCCGACUCCUGACCAAGCAGGCCGGCUGGCUGUGGGUACAGUCCAACGCCCACUUGGUGUUCCGUGGCGGCCAGCCAGACUGCAUUGUUGCCAGACAGAGGGCCCUAACGAACACGGAGGGGGAGGAGCACCUGAGAAAGCGGGCCCUGCAGCUACCCUUCACCUUCACCACGGGGGAGGCCAUCCUGUACGAGAGCAGCUGCCCAGGCCUCCUGACCACGCUCCCGACCAAGAAGCGGUCCAGGGCAAGGAAGGGCCCUCCCACUGACCAGGGCCCUGUACAUCCAGGAUCCCUGCUCGGAGCCACCAUGCAGCAAGAUUGGUCCAUGUACUUGCCCCACACUGCCGCGGGCCUGCAAAGUUCACGCUUGGAUCAGUGUGGGCCUGGCGACGAGAGACGUCAGGACAGGGAGGGGGAAGCUGGGAAGGAAGGCGACUCCCUGCAGAACCUCCUUGAGACUCUGCUGGAGAAGGACACGGGAGGCCAGCCAGACCUCUGCUUCACCCUCCAGCACCUGGGGGGUAGCUGUGACAUCUGGCUGUAG